AUGUCUCGCAAGGCCCCCAAACCGCUUCCUAAGUUCGAGAUCGGUGAUGACUACACCAUCCUCCAUGGCCUCGGCGAGGGAGCAUACGGUACUGUUGCUGCUGCGCUGCACAAACCAACUCGCAGGGAAGUUGCGAUCAAGAAGGUCCUCCCCUUCGAACACACGCUCUUUUGUCUACGCACCCUUCGAGAGCUCAAGCUACUCAAAUUCUUCUCCGAAACAUGUGUGAACGAGAAUAUCAUCUCGAUCUUAGACAUCGUCAAGCCUCCAUCUCUCGACGAAUUCAAAGAGAUAUACUUUAUCCAGGAGCUAAUGCAAACCGACUUGCACCGUGUGAUACGCACUCAGCAGCUAACAGACGAUCAUUGCCAAUACUUCAUAUACCAGACGCUGCGAGCACUCAAGACAAUGCACUCGGCAGACAUUGUCCAUCGAGACCUCAAGCCUGCCAAUCUCUUGCUGAACGCGAAUUGCGACCUCAAGGUUUGCGAUUUUGGUCUCGCAAGAAGCACACGGUCGACCAACCCGGCUGGGAAGGAGGCGGGGUUGAUGACGGAGUACGUGGCGACACGGUGGUACCGGGCACCAGAGAUCAUGCUGUCAUUCAAGAUGUACACGAAAGCCAUCGACAUCUGGGCAGUGGGCUGUAUCCUUGCCGAAUUGCUCAACGGACGCCCGCUCUUCCCAGGUCGGGACUAUGGACACCAGCUUGACCUGAUCCUGGACGUCAUCGGUACACCGACACUCGAGGAGUUCUACGGGAUCACGUCGCGCCGGUCGCGCGACUACAUCCGUGCGCUGCCCAUUCGGAAACGGCGGCCAUUCAGCUCUGUGUUCCCGAAGGCGUCGCCCGAGGCGCUCGACUUCCUCACGAAGACACUCACCUUUGACCCCAAGAAGCGCCUGACUGUAGAUCAGGCGCUUGAGCAUCCAUACCUUGCUGCCUACCACGAUCCCGAGGACGAGCCAGCAGUCUCCUCACUGGACUCUGAGUACUUCGAAUUUGACUAUCUCGAUCUCAGCAAAGAUGAACUAAAGGACCUUCUCUACGCGGAAGUUAUGUCCUUCGUGCCCUGUAUCUAG